UCAUGUCAUCAUAACUCGAAAGGGCCGGGCCGGGCCGCCGGAACCUAACAAGGCCUACGUUCUUCACGUCUGCGUUCGUCUCCACGCGCGCCCCUAUAUGAACGGAACGCAGACACGAUCGAUUGGGGAUUUGGAGUGAGGCGGCGCACGGCUCGUGCGCCACGCAUGGGGAUCCUCCGGCUCCUGCCGCUCGCCCUCCUGCUCCUGCUCCCCGCUGGCAUCCGGGAGUACCUCUCGCCGGCGAUCGACCGCGCGCCGGGGGAGGAUGGUGGUGGUGGUGGUGCGGCUCCCGGCGGCGUCGUCCUCCACCCGAUCGUGCUGGUGCCCGGGGUGAGCUGCAGCGAGCUGGAGGUGCGCCUCACGGACGCCUACCGCCCGUCACUGCCGCGCUGCGGCGCCAUGAAGGGGAAGGGCUGGUUCGGGCUCUGGGCCAACUGCUCCGACCUCCCCGCGCACCACUACAUCCCGUGCUUCAUGGAGCAGAUGAGCCUCGUCUACGACUCCGCCGCCGGCGACUACCGGAACCUGCCCGGCGUCGAGACGCGCGUCCGCAACUUCGGCUCCUCGCGGGGGUUCCAGAGGAACCCAGAGCACACGGACUGGUGCCUGGAGAUCAUCAGGCAGGAGCUGGAGCGGGUCGGGUACCGCGACGGCGACACCCUCUUCGGGGCUCCCUACGACCUCCGCCACGCCCCGCCGGUGCCGGGCUACUCGUCGGCGGUCUUCUCCCGCUACUUCCGGCAGCUGACGCGGCUCAUCGAGGACGCGAGCAGGAGGAACCAGGGCAGGAAGGCCAUCCUCUUCGGGCACAGCUUCGGGGGCAUGGUGGCGCUGGACUUCGUGCGGAGCACCCCGAUGGCGUGGCGGGAGCGGCACAUCAAGCACCUCGUCCUCGCCGCGCCGCUCACGGCGGGAGGGUUCGUGCAGCCGGUGCAGCUCUUCGCGUCCGGGCCGGAUCUCCUCUUCGUGCCGGGAGCCGAGCCGCUGGCCCUCACCCUGCGGCCGAUGUGGCGGACCUUCGAGUCCGCCAUCGUCAACUUCCCGUCCCCGGCGGUGUUCGGGCGCCGGCCGCUGGUGAUCACCCGGGAGCGGAACUACUCCGCCGACGACAUGGCGGACUUCUUCGCGGCCGCCGGGUACGGGGCCGCCGCGGAGCCGUUCCGGAGGCGGGCGGUCCCGCGGAUGGGUUACUUCCAGGCGCCCAUGGUGCCGACGACGGUCCUCAACGGGGUGGGCAUCGAGACGCCGGAGCAGCUCGUGUACUGGGACGGCGACUUCGACGCGGAGCCGGGGCUAGUGAACGGCGACGGGGACGAGGACAUCAACCUGGCCAGCAUGCUGGCGUUCGACGAGCAGAUGCGCCGGCAGCCGGAGCAGAACAAGCUGUUCAAGACGAUCAAGCUUCGCGGGGCCAGGCACGGCACGAUUGUGACGGAGGACUGGUCGCUGAAGCGGGUCAUGCAAGAAAUCCUUGAAGCCAAUCGCAUCGACUAGGGCUCUAGGCGAUCAUGGAAGAAUCUAUACGGUGGGCUUGCGGCUAGCUAGAUGGCUGGAUCUUUCUUAUAAUCCACCCGAUAUGAUUAUCUGGAGUAUUUGGACUCACUCGAUCAUAGUAGUGAAUUUCAUUCGUAGCCGAUCUAUUUCAAGAAUCACAACUCGAUCCAAACAUGGCCUUAAGUUUGUUUCAAUAGUGAAAGUGUGGAUGGAAUUGCUUGAAUAAACCGGAGGUGUCGCUGCCGGAAUAUCGUCGAGGGAUGUCCUUAUUACCACCUAUGGAUGUGGACUGUUCAUGAUACUCAAGUUGGAAAAAUAGCUUGCGG